AUGAAUGUGGGAGCUCCAGCCUGUGGUGUAAAUGCAGUAAUUCGUAGUUUUUCUCGUCUGGGGAUAACGAAGGGUUACACAAUCAUGGGCAUUCACGAAGGAUUUCACGGUUUGGUCAAUGAUGAUCUGAGCAAAAUCGGAUGGCAAGAUGUUCGCGGUUGGGUCAGUAUGGGUGGCUCGGCGCUCGGUACGAGGCGUGAUAAACCAAGCGAGCUGGGUCUCGACGUAGUCGCGUCGAAAUUCCGUCAACAUCAGUUAUGCGGUCUCCUUGUUGUUGGUGGUUUCGAGGCAUAUGAAUGCAUGAUUGAAUUGGCGGAGAAUCGGGAGAAGCACCCAGAAUUCUGUAUCCCCAUGGUUAUGGUCCCGGCGACAAUUUCGAAUAACGUUCCGGGUACAGAUUUCUCACUGGGCGCUGAUACUGCUCUAAACGAAAUUACUACGAUUCUGGAUAAAAUCAAACAGAGUGCUAUGGGGACUAAACGCCGCGUAUUCGUUGUUGAGACUAUGGGUGGCUACUGUGGCUAUUUGGCUACAAUGAGCGGUCUAGCCGGAGGUGCUGAUGCUGCCUACAUCUACGAGGAGCCUUUCACGAUUGACGAUUUGCGUCAGGAUGUGGUUCAUCUUCGCGCAAAAAUUGCAGAUAAUGUUCAACGUGGUUUAGUUUUACGUGCGGAGUUCGCUAGCAAGAAUUACACCAGUCAGUUUAUCCACCAACUAUAUGCGGAAGAGGGGAAGGGAAUAUUUGAUUGUCGCUGGCGCCACCGCUUUUGCGUUAUCGAUUGCGAUCUAGUGACCUUUCGUUGUGCAAUGGUUCCAGAUUUGUGA